AUGUUGUCGCUCGUCCCAGCGCGGAAGAGAAAGGAAGCCCAUAACGCGAUACAACUAUCUCGUGAUAAAGGCAAGGUUCGCGUCAUCGAGCGAUCAGCAGAAGGGUACUCCAGCGGCUCCACGAAGAACCUACAGGGGCGCAACAGCACCCCUGCUAGCCGUACCUUUACUACACUUCGUCGUGGAAGCAUCAGAAUCUUCUCAAUCUUCCGCAAUGGCAAGAGUUCCGCUCCAAGCUCCGGCGAGGCUACCUUUGGUAGCACUGGGUCAACGGUCAACAAACCAGCAGACGUACAACGUGUCGAUAACAUCAAUUCCUACUCCAACUCUCCUCUACAGUGCCCUGUCGUUCCCGAUGUACCUAUGACUCUACCAGCUCUCUCCCUAGAUCCGGACUCUUCAUCGUUACUCCAACUCACAAACGCUGCCGUCUUCGAUGGUGAAUCAGAACCUAUACCAAGAGCCCGCACCCCGCCUCCUACACCCAUGACAACAAGCUGGUCAACACCAAGUCUCUCUCAGCAACUCACCGCCAAGAUUUCCAACGCCCUAAUGAACAACGAUACGGUGGUACGUCGACCCAAAAUGAGCUCUCGGCCAAUGGUUCGAACAGACCAUUUCAAGCAUCCAAGCGAUGAUCAGCGAACUGCCACCUCGCCCAAAAGCGCCAUGUCAGAGGUUCCUUCGCUUCCAUCAAGUGUCCUGAGCCCCUCCAGCAGCGUCGCACCGCUUAGCCAGUCCACUGCACCGACAUCGUUGGUCUCAUCAGGCGCGCCGCUGUCUGCUGAAACCACCUAUCGAAGUCAGAACGGUCGUCAUAUAACCGACAAUCAACCUGCGCUCUAUUGUGAGGCGACCCCAGAACGUUUGCCUCCAAGAUUCCUUGUCUUUCCACGUCAAGACGCUCCGCGACUGUGUGAGCCUUCCGUUGCGACUAUUGAGAAUGCAGCAGCGGCGAAGAUCUUCUUUGAGUCACACUUCAAUCAGCUUCUCGGUACCAAGGUCACACCACGAUCUAUGCGUCGCCGCCAAAUGGAACGGAAGGUAUUCACCAUGGCCAUACCGAACGAGCAACGUCACUCCAAAAGGCGAGAAUAG